GACUUCGUAGCCUAUUUGAAAGUCGCGUCGUCAGUCAAGUCAACAAUACAAUCAGCUUCAUUUAAUCAUGGAGAAUCAGUACAAUUAUCCAACUGAUGAUAGAAUUCGACAACAGCAAGCCAAAGUCCAAGAGGUUGUUGGGAUUAUGAAGGAUAAUGUUAACCGUGUCCUGGAGAGAGAAACCCGUCUGGCAGAAAUCGAUACUCGAGCAGUUGGUAAAUUUGGUCUCUCGGAAUGUGUUUGUUAAUUGUUGAUCCAUUUGGUUGCCAGUCUUCUAGAAAUUCUUCGGUGUAUUUUCGGUGUUUAUUGCUGUUUGACAUUUCUACAUUCUUCCAACCAAAUUGGUGUCCAUAACUGUCUACAUUCAUCGAUAUGAAGAAUCCAACAGAAAAAAGAAGAGAUAAGAGCAAUACUGUUCAUAAAAUAAGUGUUGCAUAAACUGUAAUAAACACUACAUAUGCGUCAAAAUAGUCUCCCUUUUUGAAUCUCAAUCCAAGAACAUAAAUUAGCUAUGAGAAGGCAGGAUAUGUAUUCUGUCAUAUCGAUCCUUUUAGAUAAUUACAGGCACAAAUUUAACUGGGAUAAUGUAGAAAUGUAAAAUAGAGGAAACACCAAAAAUGCCAGGGA